UUAACAUUAAAAUAUCAGUACGAUACCAAAUAUUUCGUCUCUUUUAUCCCUGUGCUUCCAACGAUAACACACAAAUGUUUAGUUAAAAUAUAAUAUACAAACAGUAGUUUUAGUUUGGUGAAAAUGUGUUCAAAACAAAUCUUAUUCGUUUUAGGUCUAACCCUCAGCCUGCACCUGGCGGCGGCGUGGUGGUGCGAGUCAUCAGCUGACUGCGCGUCGCUGGGUGGCUCCAGCUGUCUCGCCGGCGCGUGUGCCUGCCCCGGGGGCUCGCAGCCCGCUCUGGGCGGCACUGUGUGCGCUGACGUGGCUCCAUACUUCACGUCGAAGUGCGUAGAAGACUUCCAGUGUUCCCGCCUGUUCACGGGAUACGCCUGUGUGAAACCAGAGGGCAGCACAGAAGGCACCUGCGGUUGCCGCCCCAACCACCACUUCUACCGGGGGCGCUGCUGGGAGUCCCUCCCGCUCGGUGCCCCCUGCGCGCGGUCGGAGCAGUGCCAGGGCGUUCUACUGGACCCUUAUAGUAUGAGCUGUGAGGACGUGUGUGUCUGCAGCGAGGGGUAUUAUCUGAGGCAGCGGGGGGAGUGCAGGAAGGCGGGGAAUGCGGUGGAUGAGCCAUGUGUGGUGGACGUGGACUGUCGCUUCGAGAACGGCGUCUGCGACCAGACUACCUUCAAGUGUCAAGACAGUACCCAGAAAAACAGCACAGUCUCAGAACAACCAGAGACAGUCAUAGAGGAAUCAAAGCCGGAAGCGGAAGCCCGGAAAUCCAAGAUGGCGGUGCGGCAACAUGGCGUCUCUUGCUCCUCGACCAACGGAUGUGAAUCUCCAUUCGAGUGCACCACUCUCGGCUACUGCUUCUGCCCGCCAGGGUAUUACAGCAACGACGAUGGGACCGACUGUUUAGCUCAUCUAGGCUCGCCAGCGACACAGGAAACCUGCUCGGGGAUCCUGACAGUGCUAGAAGAUGGCGUCUGCAAGUGUCGACCCAACUUCUACUUCGAGGAAAACAUGAAGGAUUGCGCUAAAGCCUCAAUCCGCUUCACGGACUUCUGCCUGAACGACCAGAUGUGUCACACGUUCGGCGGCGCGGCGCGCUGCGGCGCCCCCACCCCGCCCUGGGGGCUCCGGCAGUGCGAGUGUGACGAGGAACUGGCCGUCUAUGAUGAGAGGCUCAACGUGUGCAGAGUCGCUGCAGGCAUCGGCGAGACGUGCGAGGUAGACAGCGACUGCUUAGCCGGUAAUGUGGAGAUCCUGUGUGCAGCCAAUGACGACGGGGAGCGGCGUUGCGUGUGUCCUGCGGGACUCACUCCGGCUGGCGGGCUGUGCUUGGCUGCUGGGCUCGAGCUGGGCGACACCUGCCAGGUGGACGGCGAGUGCGAGGGAGACAACACUAUAUGUGACGGCGUGUGCUCUUGCGGAGACGGGUAUCAGGAGAAUGAGGGGGUUUGUGCUCCAGAGAUCGGCGGAGUGUGUCUAGAGGACUCUGACUGUGUGGUCGACGAUACGGUCUGCGCGGCGGGCGACACGGGUGCGGGCGCGGCCACCUGCCAGUGCCGGGAGGGGACCGUACAGGACGGGGCGAGGUGCUGGCCUGUUGCGCCAGCCUACAACAGUACGUGCGUCGCGACGGCGCAGUGUGUCCCCACGCUGGGCGUGGGAAGCCGCUGCGAGGGCGGCGCGUGUGUGUGCGACGAGACUCACCAUUACAAAGAUGAAGUGUGCCAGGUUCGACGAGGUCUAUUCGAGCCGUGCGCCCGCAGCGGCGAGUGCUUCGUACCAGGAGUGCAGGAGUUUGUGGAGUGCAGAAACGCGCUCUGUCAGUGCACCUUCGAGCACCCGUUCAACGAGGAGCAGCAGACUUGCCGGUCCAAAGCGGUGACAGUCCUUGGAAAUAUCCUUCUAAUCAUCACGGCACUGGGCGCCAUGUUACAAAGCUGAUAUUUAACUAAGGAUUAAGUGUUUUCGUUUGUACAGUAGCAUUAUUUAAGACAGUAAAUGUUUGUUUAUUUAAAAUGACAAUGUACUAUAAUUUAAUAAAAAUAAUAAUUACGAA